AAUUAUGAGAAAGAGAGAAUGACAGAUGGAUGAAGAAGAUGAGGACGAGAGAGAUAUAGCUUCAUCAUUUGUCUUUCCGACCGCUUUUAUCUCUUCCUAGUUUCUGUCUGAACAUAUUUUUUUUUUUGAAUAAUAAAUUUAAUUUUUUCUACUACCUCCGAUCAUCAUCGACCUUGUUCAUCUUCCUCCUGUUACAGGCUAAUGGAGGACUUAAAAACUCCUGAAGAAACUGUUAGUGGAGAUAUUGUUAGUGAUGUUGCUGCAACAUUAAACCCUGAGUUGAUUGAAUUGGCCAGUCAAGAAUCUAACUUACGUUCAGUUUCAAAGGUUGAUAAUAUUCCACAAUCUCAAACUGAUAAUGAAGAGACUCAACUAUCUCAAACUGAUAGCUCAACUGGAAAUGGCAAUGCGAAAAAUGUCGAUGAUACAUUUUCUGCUUCUGAUGCUGCAAGUUCUGCGGGGUUAACGGAAAAAGAUACAUUGAAUGCAACGAUCGUAGAAGAAGUGUCAGAGUUAAAUGAGAUUGGUUUACCUAGUGUUAAGAUUACUGAGGCUGUGGUGGGUACAUCAAGAAAUGGUGGGUCACGGAUGAGCGCUGUGGAGCCGAAAAAUGUGGACGCACAUAGAGGUUUAAUCGAUACCGCUGCGCCUUUCGAAUCUGUUAAAGAAGCUGUCUCAAAAUUUGGAGGAAUUACAGACUGGAAAUCUCACCGAAUGCAAGCAGUAGAGAGGCGCAAGCUUAUAGAAGAAGAGCUUAAAAAGAUCCAUGAUGAGAUUCCUGAGUACAAAACACAUUCGGAAACCGCUGAGGCUGCGAAACUAAAAGUGCUUAAAGAGCUAGAAAGCACAAAGAGACUGAUUGAACAGUUGAAACUUAAUUUGGAGAAGGCGGAAACAGAAGAACAACAGGCGAAGCAGGACUCAGAGCUUGCUAAGCUAAGGGUUGAGGAGAUGGAACAAGGAAUAGCUGAAGAUGCCAGUGUUGCAGCUAAAGCGCAGCUUGAGGUGGCCAAGGCGAGGCAUACGAGAGCCAUUACAGAGUUGUCGUCUGUCAAGGAUGAGCUAGAAACUCUGCACAAGGAAUAUGAUGCGCUGGUGCAAGAUAAAGAUUUGGUUAUAAAGAAAGUAGAAGAAGCAAUGUUGGCAUCAAAAGAAGUUGAGAAGACAGUUGAAGAACUCACCAUAGAGCUGAUAGCUACAAAAGAGUCACUGGAAUCAGCACAUGCUUCUCAUUUAGAGGCGGAAGAACAGAGGAUUGGAGCAGCCAUGGCCAGAGACCAGGAUACUCACCGUUGGGAGAAGGAACUGAAGCAAGCGGAAGAAGAACUUCAAAAACUUAACCAACAGAUAAAUUCUUCAAAGGACCUAAAAUCAAAGCUUGACACUGCUUCAGCGCUGCUUCUUGAUUUGAAGGCAGAAUUGGUAGCUUAUAUGGAAUCAAAGCUAAAACAGGAAGCGUGUGACUCAACCACAAAGAGCGAUGCUUCGACAGGAAACAUGAGCCAUCCUGAUUUACAUGCAGCUGUUGCCUCUGCAAAGAAGGAACUUGAAGAAGUCAAUGUCAAUAUCGAAAAAGCAGCUGCUGAAGUGAAUUGCUUGAAAUUAGCCUCCUCUGCUUUACAACUGGAACUGGAGAAAGAAAAGUCUGCUCUUGCCUCAAUCAAACAAAGAGAAGGAAUGGCUUCCAUAGCAGUUGCUUCUUUAGAGGCUGAAAUUGACAGAACGAGAUCGGAAAUUGCUUUAGUUCAGUCAAAGGAGAAAGACGGGAGAGAUAAAAUGGUGGAGCUACCUAAGCAACUUCAGCAAGCAGCAGAAGAAGCUGAUGAAGCAAAGUCGCUUGCUGAACUUGCUCGUGAGGAGCUACGAAAGGCGAAAGAAGAUUCAGAUCAAGCAAAAGCUGGAGCAAGUACAAUGGAGAGCAGGCUAUUUGCUGCUCAAAAGGAAAUCGAGGCAGCUAAAGCUUCAGAGAGGCUGGCCUUAGCCGCAAUCAAGGCUUUGGAGGAGAGUGAAUCAACACUGAAAGCGAAUGACAUCCAUUCUCCACUAAGCGUUACACUUUCCUUAGAAGAGUACUAUGAGCUCAGCAAACGCGCUCACGAGGCAGAAGAACUGGCAAACGCUAGAGUAGCAGCAGCGGUUUCAAGGAUCGAGGAAGCUAAAGAAACAGAAAUGAGAAGCUUGGAGAAGUUGGAAGAGGUAAACAGAGACAUGGAUGCGAGAAAGAAGGCUUUAAAAGAAGCAACUGAAAAGGCUGAGAAGGCUAAAGAAGGGAAGUUGGGGGUGGAACAGGAGCUCAGGAAAUGGAGGGCAGAGCAUGAACAGAAGAGAAAGGCUGGUGAUGGAGUAAACACUGAGAAAAGCCAAAAAGGUAGCUUUGAAGGAGGAAAGGAGCUAAGUAAGUUGGAACAAUCACCUGAAACUGUUGCUUAUGCCUCCAGCCCAAGUGACUCAUAUGGAACAGAAGAUAACUCUGAAACCAAUCAAUCCCCACAGACCAAAUCUGGAAAGAAAAAGAAGAAGCUUUCUUUUCCCCGGUUUUUUAUGUUCUUGUCAAAGAAGAAGUCACAUAAUUAACUUCAGUAGCUAUUCAUACAUCUAACUCUAUUUUUCUAUCUCAUCUGUUGGAGCUUUGAUUCCAGAAAGAACUUCACUCGAACAUGUAUUUGUGAUGUAAAUGGUGUUUUCUUUUUUCUU